AGAUGGAGAUUGUGAACAGCUGUGAGAAGAUCAACGGAGGCUGCUCUCAUCACUGCGAACACACCACCAACGGACCGCUGUGUUCCUGUAACCACGGCUACCAGCUGGCCCUGGACAGGAAGACCUGUGUGGACAGUGACGAGUGUCUCAGUGGGGGGGCCUGCUGCCGUCACUUCUGCAGAAACUACCCGGGCGGCUACGAGUGCAGCUGCAGAGCCGGCCACAGACUCAACCCAGACGGCUGCGGCUGCGAUGACGUUGACGAGUGCCUGGCAGAGACUUCGGGCUGUGAACACGACUGUGUCAACACCCUGGGAACUUACGAGUGUUUUUGUGAGCUGGGUUUCCGCUUGGAUCAGGACCAACACUCCUGCAUUUCUCUGUAUGGGGAAAUGGAAGAUGAAGAGGCUGAGGAGGAAGACGAGGAUGAACAGCUGGAGGUCCAUAGAUUACCAGACCUGCUGUUUCGCAAGGUUCCUCAGCUCCUGCAGUACACAGCGGCCUUACACUCCCGUUAUGUUAGUGAUGAAGAUGAUAGGGAUGGUGGUGACAGGGAAGUAGAGAUCCAGAGGGGGCGCCGAGGAGAGCUCAGACUGUCCAGCAGCAUAGUGUGUCUGGAUGGCUCGUUCGGGGAUGACUGCAGUGUGAGCUGUGAGGACUGUGAUCACGGAGUGUGCAGUGAGAACAGAGACCGGUGUGAGUGUGAAGCCGGAUGGACAGGGAUCAUCUGUAACAAGAUGUGCUCCCAGGGGACCUAUGGGCCGGCCUGUAACAGUCUGUGUCGGUGUCAGAACGGAGGCUCGUGUGACCCCGUGACCGGGAAGUGUGUGUGCCCCCCCGGGGUGCAGGGCCUGCUGUGCGAGGACGGUUGUCCCAGGGGUCAUUUCGGGAUGCACUGCAGGAGAAAGUGUAACUGUCCCAACAACGGACACUGCCACCGUCUGUACGGGGGCUGCCUCUGCUCUCCGGGACUGUACGGCCGCCUCUGCCACCUGUGUGAGUACCAAUGACCUCAUUAUAAUACCUACUGCAUAAUGCUGCUGAAAAAGUGGUGGGUCUCGACCAAUUUGACCUAGGGGGCCAUGUUACAUGUAUUUACGAUACAAUAAUACUUUAAUGGUCAGAUCAAGUCUGACAUUUUACUUGCAUCACAGCA